CACCGUAAUUUUUUUCGUUGAUUUCAUUUCAUCGCGCUAGUCGGAGCCGGAGCCUCGGAGUACGCACGCUGUCGUUUUCCCAUUCGGAGUUAAGUGGUUCAAGCUUCAAGCCGCGAGUUCUUUCGUUGGAGACGAUCAUGCAAAGCACACCUAAGCAGUGCUUGUGAAGGGACUUCGUUGUCAUGAAUAGACGAUACAGGAUGGCAACAGGUGGUUAUCAGCAGAUCAAGUACGUCUAUGAACUCCCGUACGGCCAAAGAACUAAACUGUGCAGACUCCUCGAUGCAGGUGGAAGAUGGAAAGAGUUAGGUUUCAAUUACAUGAACAUGGAUCACAUCACAAUCAGCCUCAUGGAACAGGCUGUGCUGCGGAGAGAAAGCCCGACGGAUGAGCUCCUGCACAAGUGGGGCGAGAAAAAUGGCACCGUUAACCAGCUGUUUGUUUACCUCUACAAAAUGAAGCACAUGCAAGCCAUGCUCAUCAUCAAAGAAUUUGUGAAUCCUAAAUAUCAUCACCUCCUCGAACGGCAGCAGACGACAGAAUUAGACAGCGCUUUGCUGUCAGACAGCUGCGGUUGGAAAGCAUCGCAGUAUGAAUGCAGUGCUCCCCCAAUGUCAUUCGCCGCUAACGACUACAACAAGAAGCUCUAUGCUGAAGACUGUAACUGGAACAUGAGGAAGUCGCAAGUUCUGAGCAAGGUGGAAAGUGGGAAAGUGAAACUGGGCCUUAGUUCGGGACUUCCAGGACAGGGCAGCAGGUCUCGAAACCACACCACGAAUGGCAUCGCACCGCCGUCAAUAUCCAACAACAAUGUUGGGCAAGUGUCGCAAAGAAUACCGGUUACGCAGCGCACAACCGAGGGGAAAGUACAGAACGUUGCUGGUAGCGUUCCUGAGGCCUCACAAAGACACGCAUCUGCUGCGUCCAGGAAAGAUAUUGGUGACAUCCAGCCUCUGGGACACUCCAUACCAUACAGCGAGAUUGUGCAUGCUACUGACAACUUCUGUGAGAGCCACAUUCUGGGGAAGGGAGGCUUUGGAACUGUCUACAAGGGUCUAUGGAAGGACACCACAGUAGCAAUCAAAAGGUUACAUCUUCAUGAAAAAGACAGUGAUGUUCGACAGGAACAGAACAUGAAGCAGUCACUGACCGAGCUGAGGGUACUACAGAGCUUCCGAUUCGACAGCAUCCUUCCUUUGUACGGUGUUUCCUUGGAUGGGCCAGAACCAUGCAUUGUGUACCAGUACAUGAAGAAUGGAUCGCUGGAAGAUAGAUUGCGUUGCAAGAAUAAUACACCUCCACUAAACUGGAAUCAGAGGGGAGUUAUCGCCAAGGGUACAGCAAGGGGUCUGCAUUUUCUGCACACGUUCCUGAAGGGGCAGCCUCACAUACAUGGAGAUAUUAAAAGUGCAAAUAUUCUUCUCGACCUGAAUCUAGAGCCCAAAAUUGGAGACUUUGGGCUGACGAAAGCAGGACCUCCAACAGAUAUGACGCACAUUGUCGUGUCACACGUUCAUGGGACACGAUACUAUCUUCCUCAUGAAUAUCUCAAGAAUCGCCAACUCUCAACAAAAGUUGACAUCUACAGUUAUGGCAUUGUACUCCUAGAACUAGCAACUAGCAAGCAUGUGUUCGACAGACGGCGGUCAAAGACAUUGAUGGAACACGUUGCAGAUUGUGCCCAGAGCAACCAGCUCGAUUCUCUCAGAGAUGGUGGUGCAGGUGAUGAGAAUACAGAUUGGUUUCCAUUGCUGAUCCAUUUGGGGCAAAAAUGUUCAAGCUACAACAGAAAAGACAGACCUGAAAUGGAGGAGGUACUGCAACACUUCAAAGAGGGCCCUACAGAAGCUGUUCGAAAACUUUCCAUCUCAGCACUGCCAUCAGGAUCCCCCAAACAAGAGUCCUCUUCCCCUCCAUCACCGUUGGACAUUCAGAGGUGGUACGACAUUCGGCAAGCAGCCAUGCAGUCAAACCGUCCAACCUUCCUCACCCCUACAACUUCACCAUUGUCAACAGCACCAAACGUACCAACAAGCCCAAGGCAUUCGCCAAAUUUCCUGGGGCGCCCAUCUUCGUCAGUGGUCAGAACACAACCUUCAGAUGUUGUUUCAACGGCGCAACCACCGGAUUGCCAACAGCCGUCCCUGUCCAUUGGGCUUCCACAGCAGCAACCUCCCCGCAAACCAUCCUUUCCUGGGGACAUGCUUCCAAUGAUCACCGAGCUGGGGGUCUCCCAUGAGUCGGCCUCAGCUUCGCAGUCAUCCAACUCGCAAGAUCGGCCCAAGUCCCAGGGCACGGUGUCACCGGCUGACGACAGAAACGACACGUCUGGGACCACCACCAGCUCGGGGUGUACGACAGAGCUGUCGGAUGAGGGCAGAGGAAUAUUCAUCAACCAGGACUUGCGCAGUGCUGCACUGGAGUUGCCCGAUAUCGCAGACAUCAACUUGAGUGAGCUUUUAAGUGAUGACGACGACGACGAUGAUGGUGUUAGUGAUUGACGUUUUCAAGCGUGUUGACGUGUGGGGCAUAGCGUUUGCGUUGUGUUUGCUUGUGGCAAAAAUAACGUGGCUCUCGACAGAUUGUUCUGUUGGGGAAUCAAUGGGUGCGUUAAGUAGGCACCCCUUCUUUUGGCGCUCUCAAAUCGGGAGUGUGAGACACCUGGAGCGACCACUUAACAGCAAAAAGCAACUUUGGAGCGCAACACUGCUCGCUCGCUGAUGCCGCUUCCCGUGGUCUCCUCAUGCAGUGCACAGACGGAGGACACAUUGGCUUAGUUUGAACCUAUAGCAAUGUUGGAAGUUGCGAAGACUUUUCCUUGUAACAGCGAAUGCAUUGGAAAAGAUGGGGAUUUGUAACAGAUGCCAUAUGAACUGUUUAUUGCGAAGAUGACUGCAUGGCGUGAGGGUGUCUGCGUUAAAGCACUGCAUUUCCGGCGAAUAACCGCCGACGUCCGUGUGGAAGUUGUCCACUAAUAAAGAAGCGUGAUAACAGUUAUAAAUACAUUACAGUUUACUGAAAUCGUACUUGGGUAACAUAUAGAUAGGGAGUGACUACUUUUUCGGGCUAAAUGCCUUUUUCAGAUUCGGCGUGGGGGGGGCGGACUCGGGUGCUAUUUUUAAAUCUGUAAUUCGGGGAGAAAUCGGGCGAUAAUUGUGCCUAAACUACUGAUAACUCAAACUCUAACAUCCAGAGCAGUCUGUUUGACUUAUCCAGUAUAUUGACUUAUGCAAUCUUGCACAAAUAUGCAGUCAUUAUCUCGGGUUUUCUAACAUAAUUGAGAACAAGGUACAAAGACAUCAGAAAAUGGCACAAAACGGUGCUUCAUUGUAUAUUAUACUAUAUGACUAGACACGGUAAGCAAAACUGAGCCUUGUCUUACUGCUUCACAAAAUCGUUGUGUGACAACCUUAAAAGUAAUCAAAUAUUUUAGUUUGCUUUGUAUAUAUUUUUGCGGUGACAAAGCUUUGGAGUCUAUGAAGUAGCUGCAUUGUCUCUCCUGUGUCCAUUGCUCCACAUUGGAUUAUUUCGGCUCAUAGGCUCCUCCUGUAGCCGGAAGGCAGCGUCACGAUCCAAUCCGAUCCAAAGGUUCCAGUACUAGAUGUCAGUGGCCAAUGGCAGACUGUCGUUUUCGACUUGAAAGAAUAAAAAAUGUGCUUCGAGACUGGC